UGUUCUGUCGCAUGACUAAUUAGUAAAGUUUGUUCUGACAACAGGUUGUGAGAAACCCAUCCCCGGCAAAAUCCAUGAUAGAAAAAGGAACAAGAUGUGAAGUGAACAAAGACUGAGGGAAAGAAGGUCUUGAGUGAAACGUGGGCGACAUGAAUAGGAAGUCAAGGGAGUAAGGCUAUAGGUGAAGCUCAUGUAAGCUGGAGAGCAGCUGCCGGUGGCGAUUCCGGAACCCAUUGAAUCGGGCAACCACUUUUGGAUGUCCCCACAUCAUAAGGUAUGACCGACCGAACAGGCCCGAAGACAAGCUUAACUCACAGCUCGCUCUCGUGUUGUGAACAGAAUCAGGUCAUAAGCUCGGGUACGUCGGUGCAAUCCUCUUUCACUGGAUUGUCCAGACCGAGCUGUAAAAUGAACGGUUGGAGGAUAACCUCAUACACUGGGAGCGGGCCACUUUCGGUGUUGAUUUUGCGCAAAACAACCGUCCAUCGAACGCCAGUCUGGAUCUCUCAAAAGAGAAAGACUGAUAUACACCGGGAUUCCCGUGGUUUUGAUAGGAUUGAAAAAGAAAAAGAAAAAAAAAAAAGGGAAAAAAAAAAAAGUCUCAUGCGCAGAUGGCACGCGAUGGCGAUUGCUGCGAAUCCUGGCAACAUACCUUGGAGUUCAAUGAGCCCAAGUUCAAUUCGAGACCGAAACCCGUAUCACCGACUGUCCCAGACAAGAGUAGAUCGCAAUGAUCCGUGAUCGCGUCUGUUGGCGCAUUUCUCAGAUGAGCACAUACCCGAGACAAUAGACAUAGCCACAUCCGACUUACCAAUCUAUGCAGAAAACGAAACUUUUCUUUAUGUUCUAUCCAAUAAAAGCAACGCAGCAA